AUGCGCGCUCAUCCGCCGCAGGGGCAUCUACGCGCAUGCUGCGUAUGGGUUGUGGUUCCGCUGCACUGGGAUUGGGGCUCUUCCUACUCGAGCGGUUCCCUGGGGAUCAGGAUCAGCGAGGGUGCCUGUGCCUGCACGCUCGCCGCCGGUGGCAUAGCCCCGGAUAACGGUAAUGCGGCCGUGUGCAGAGCCAGUGGGUACAGCAACUCAGGGUGCAGGGCGAGCGCUGACAGCUCAGACCGGUUGCAAACCUCGCGGAGGCGUGCGCGCGGCAUCCGUGCCCUGCCGCUACCGGAUCCGCCAACGUGCACGGCUCACUCCUUUGACGAAGAAGGCCCAGACACCACCAUAUCACGGUCGGGCAUAUACGUCUUCGCCAGCAUUCGCAUCGCACGUGUGUCCAUGUGUGUGCAUUCUUCGGCUCCCGGACCACCCGAAUCCCGAAUCCCGACGGACGCGGUAUCUGGAAUACAAGUGCGCGAGACCGCUCGGUUUCUGCAGACAUCCAGGGGCAUGAUGCAUCAGCGAGAGGCUGUGGGACAUGGAUGCGGCGCCACUGCUGCCCUAUGUACAUUUGAGAAGCAAACAAUGCCGCCGCUAACGGACGCCUUGGCAGUACUCGCCAACAUGACGGCCGAGUUCACUUUGGACGAAGAGCAAAGAAGCUGGCCCGUCGUGUAUGGCUUUCGGCGGAAGGGGUGGACGAUUCCGUUUGCCGCUUUCUCUUGCGAGGGCGUGCGAUGUCUGGCUAAACUGUCAUUCAUCGCUGAAAGUAUCUUUUGUGACCCAACACUCGACCGUGGCCCAUCUGUGUGGUCCAGGAUUAUGCACAAUCGGGUUCCGCGCGAGGCAGCUGCGCGGACUGGACAACAGAGUCACGAGUUUCCGACAGCGGAGGAGGUCCACCAAUGGCGACUUCGCCUGCCGUUCAGCUGGUGA